CAAAACAUGCCUCCAAGUUUUGUGGUUCAAUGUUUCUAUUCUCAAGCUCUUCCACUUUCCUCUGUUCACAUUUCUUCUGCUCAAGCAGAGCUAAUUUUGAUGAGUUGUAAAUAUUAAUGUUACCUUCUAACAUUGUCCCACAUGUCACAUUCGUUUGUCUCUUGAUGCUCAGUUGGACCUUGGCUUGCCAUGAAUUUGCAGUUUAAAAAAUUCCCCUUUUUCCAAGUAAAUACGAAAUCACCAAUGAGAAACUCAAAGCUUGACGGCCUUCAAUGAAAUCACCUAGUUCUCCAUUUUUAAACUGGAGGAAGAUCCAUUUGAAGAAAUCCCCCGAGUCUGUCUCAAAUUAUCGUUAGAGGUACAAGGAGAACGCAGAGAAGAUAGAGAGUAACAUGCACCAUAGUUUUUGUUGAACGGAUCUGGGGUUUUUGGCCAUUUCACCGAGAUGAUCAGGCGGCUUUUUAUGCAGGCAGUCGUGCAAUCCUCCACUGCCUUCGUCUUCUUUCUCUUCCUGAUGCUCGGCGCGUUUGUCUUCACGCGCCUCCUCCAGUCCAGUGACAUUACUGGCAGCUCGGCUCAGAAGUCAAUAGUCACUGCAAAAACAACCAAGCCGCAAAAUAAUAUCGAAAUUCCACUAAACUGCAACGCACUCAACCUCACACGAACAUGCCCUAGAGACUACCCCACAACGUUUUCACAAGAUCCUGACCGUCCAUUACCUCCGAGCUGUCCAGAAUACUUCCGGUGGAUCCACGAAGAUUUACGUCCAUGGGCCCAUACGGGCAUCACCAGAGACAUGGUAGAAAGAGCUAAAGCAACAGCCAAUUUCAGAUUGGUGAUAGUGAGCGGCAGAGCUUACCUUGAAACAUACGAGAAGGCGUUUCAGACUAGAGAUGUUUUUACACUUUGGGGAAUCCUACAGUUGUUACGGAGGUAUCCGGGGAGACUGCCAGAUUUAGAGAUGAUGUUUGAUUGCGUAGACUGGCCGGUUAUCAAGUCCGUUGAUUAUAGUGGGCCAGAUGCGCCGGCCCCACCGCCUCUGUUUCGCUAUUGCGGGAACGAAGACACAUUGGACAUUGUUUUCCCUGAUUGGUCCUUCUGGGGAUGGGCUGAGACGAAUAUAAAGCCAUGGGAGCAUUUGCUGAGGGACCUAAAAGAAGGCAACGAAAGGACUAGAUGGCUGGAAAGGGAACCUUAUGCUUAUUGGAAAGGGAAUCCAGAUGUUGCUGAGACGAGGCUAGACCUUAUCAAAUGUAAUGUCUCCGAACAACAGGACUGGAAUGCUCGUUUAUAUAGACAGGAUUGGGUCCGAGAAUCCCAGCAAGGAUACAAGCAAUCGGACUUGGCAAAUCAAUGCAUUCACAGGUAUAAGAUCUAUAUUGAGGGGUCUGCAUGGUCAGUCAGUGAAAAGUAUAUCCUUGCCUGUGAUUCAGUCACCCUUAUUGUGAAGCCCCAUUAUUAUGAUUUCUUUUCAAGAGGUUUGAUGCCAAUUCACCACUAUUGGCCUGUAAAGGAGGCCGAUAAAUGCAAGUCUAUUAAGUUUGCAGUAGACUGGGGUAACAGCCACAGACAGAAGGCCCAGGAAAUUGGAAAUGCAGCAAGUGAAUUCAUUCAAGAAGAGUUGAAGAUAGACUAUGUGUAUGACUACAUGUUUCAUCUCUUAAAUGAGUAUGCAAAGCUUUUGACAUUUAAGCCCACUAUACCUAGAAAUGCUACUGAACUGUGUUCAGAAACAAUGGCUUGCCCUGCGGAUGGAUUGGAGAAGAAGUUUAUGAUGGAUUCUUUGGUGAAGGUUCCUGCAGAUACUUGUCCCUGCACCAUGCCUCCUCCCUAUGACCCUUCUUCUCUGCUUGCCAUUAUAAGGAGAAAAGCAAAUGCUAUAAAGCUGGUGCAGUUAUGGGAGAACAAAUACUGGCAGAAUCAAACCAAGCAGUCUUAGAGGCGUGUUCAUAGGCAAGCCUAUUAGCUCGUCUUGGCUUAUAACCAAAGGAGGACAUGUAUAGGCUCAAAUUUUAUAGUUUUCCCCCUCCUUUGUGUAUUAUUCCCUCUUAGAUAAUGUUAGCAGGAAAAUUUUUCCAUGGAAUAAAUAUAUAGCAUUUUAGUAUUCAGUAUAA